CCCACAAACCACCGGAUUAAGCAAUUGGAACAAGAAAAUGCUUUUCUUCGUCAGCAAUGCGCCCAGCUGCGACAUGCACACCUGGGUGUCGUUGAACGACCUGCUCUGAUUCCAACAGAAGCUUCCCUUGCAGCGCUAAGCCCGGCACGAAGUCAGAUCACAGGAUCAAUAUCCAACCAUGCUGAGCCUUCUCCAAGCGAUCAUCAUUCAAGCAGAGGCCGGGAUACAUCCCACCCAGAGGUACCAGACAGCGAGAACCAUCGCCACAGUACAUCAUUGUACCAUGGGCCCACCAGCACAGUCUAUGAUGAUACUGCAAAUUCAGGAGCCGAUGAAGAAAAUGCAGAGCUGUUUGCUUCUCCCGUUAGCGAAGAGUGGGCUCGUCACCUCCUUUUUGCUCAGACAGCAAGGCAGAGGCAGCAAGAGCCGUUGAACCUCGUUGCAGGGAAGCUUGACUUUGAUGAAGUUGAUCCGGAGCUUGGCAUGCAUUUACUGUCCAUCUAUUGGAGUCGCCAACUCUAUACCGCACAGAUCACGUACCGAUCGGUAUUCAUGCGGGACAUGGCCUGCAAUGGUCCUUAUUUCUCGAAAUUGCUACUCAAUGCUAUCUUGUUCACAGUCUCAAAGCACUGCCCCAGACCUGAGCUUCGCUCUGAUCCUGAUGACAUCACUACUGCAGGAUGGAGGUUUCGUCAACGGUUCACAGAGCUCCUGAGGGACUCUUUCGAUAAAAGUGAGGUCACUACACUGCAAGCAUUGCUUAUCAUGUCCAACUCGCUGUUCUCAAGGUGUGACGAACGCAGUCUUUCUUGGCUCUAUGCCGGAAAUGCAUUCAACAUGAUCAUUGAUCUUGGGCUUCACAUUCUUCCUUCUCCGAACAAAAUGUCGGCUGAAGAGCUUGAAGUCCGCAAGCGUGUAUUAUGGGGCGCGUACACAAUCGAUAAAAUCCAGUGUCUUCUCCAGGGAAGACCACCCUUGCUUCGCCAAGCCAAUUUCAAAGCAUCAUUGAAUUUCCUGGAUGAGUACGACGAGCUUGACACGUUUAAGGACCUUACAUACAAAUCCACUCAAUCGCAGUCGGCGGUGCCCUCGCUCAAUGUAUCGCUCCUUACAAAACUAUGCGAACUAUCCAUUAUCACUGAGCGCAUCUUAUGCGAGCUCUACUCCGAGUCGCAGAACAUGAACCAACAUCAGAGCGAGCAGACCUCGGCCGACAUCAAUUCGGAUAUCAGCAAAUGGCGCUCGAGUCUUCCUCCUCAACUCGACUAUAUAAGGUACCCCAGAGAAUCGGAAGUAUGGGUCCGGCUAAUUUCUUUCAGGGCACUUUCGAACGUUCUCACCAUUCUUUCCCAACGACCACUCUUCAUCGGUAGUAAUCGCGGUCAUGCUCGAGACCCAUCCACUGCAUAUGAAGCUAUCAACAUGUGCACCACAGCCGCAAAUCAAAUUGUCCAAAUCCUACGUGACUACUCACAGAACUUCUCAAUAACGACCGCCCCAUACAUGCUUUCGUACGCCACGUACAUCAGCGCAACCAUACACGCUCGUAUCGUUGCACAGAAGGGAAGAAAUUCAAAUUCCUUCCAUUCUCUACUGCUUUGCCGCAAUGUCCUACGGGAGCACCGGCGACUCUAUGGAGCGGCUGGGAAAGCCGUGGCUAAUCUUGAUAAGCUCGUUGGUCAUCUGGGCAUCGAUAUUACCGAGGAAGGUGAGAAAGGUACUUCGGUGGUUGGCUCUGCAGAUCAACUGCUCGCACAGGAAACAAUGUCUGGCCCCGAUCAGGCCGAUGCCCCAGAGCAGACUGUUGAAAUGGGAUCUCCGCAGCUGAACUGGGGCCUAUCAGAUCUCGACUUGGAGGCAAUCGCCCAAAGCUUCCGCCUCGAUGGAGAACUGUAUUAUCUGACGCAUCCAGUUGGGCUGUGA